CUUUCCUCUUUUUUCUCUUUUCAUUUCACUUCUUUCCCCUUGCUUUCUCAUCCGACUAAUUCCUCUACUUUCAAUAAAAAUAAAGAGCUAGUUGCAUCAUGUUCACUGGCAUUGUUGAGCACCUUGGCAAGGUCAUCGAUGUUGCACCCCUCGACUUUUCAGAAUCAGGUGGAAAGGGAUUCAGCAUCACAAUUGGUGAGGCUGCCGAGAUCUUGGGCGACUGCCACCUCGGUGACAGCAUUGCUGUCAAUGGCACCUGUUUAACUGUGACUGAAUUCAACGAGUCGUCAUUCAAGGUUGGUGUAGCACCCGAGACUCUUCGCAAGACCAACCUGGGUUCGCUCAAGAUUGGGGAUGCUGUCAACUUGGAGCGUGCCAUGAAUGCACACACUCGGUUUGGCGGACACAUGGUCCAGGGCCACGUCGACACCACAGUUUCGAUCGUCUCCCGUGUGGAUGACGGCAAUGCCAUCACAUUUGUCUUCCAAGUCCCAGAGGAAUACCAAGAACUUAUGAACUAUAUUGUCCCCAAGGGUUUCAUUUGUCUUGAUGGCACUUCCCUCACAGUCAUUGAUGUCGAUGAUGUCAAGAGGACCUUCUCCAUUAUGAUGAUCGCUUACACUCAGACCCGUGUGGUCAUGCCUCACAAGGCCCUGGGCGACCAGGUGAAUAUCGAAGUUGAUAUGAUGGGCAAGUAUGCCUCUAAAGCUGUCGAUUCCAUGGUCAAGAGAUAUCUCAACGGUGAGGAGGGUGAGAGCCUUGUCGCCAAGAUUAUAGAUCGUGUCCUCGCAAAGCGCGCUUCCGCGAACUAAUCAUGGAGCAAAGCAGAUGUCACUUAAUAUUAAAUCAAUUAUUGUACAUGUACAGAAGCAUCGCAUCGCACCAUCAAUUGCUUAAAAGAGAGGAAGGAGCCAUUUUGAUUAAACGAAUAUUUUUUUUAUUGCACAAAGUUGUAAUGAAACAUAUUUUUUACGACAAGAAAAUAAACAAAAUAGAUACUAAGU